UAGCUGGUGGUCGUGGUUUUAUAUAAGGGACAUUUGUCGAAGGAGCAGGGGUGUUGCAAGUUGUGUGGUUCCUAUCUAUUGAAGAAUACUGCUGUUGUAGGGUGUAAUUUGAAUUUACAGUGAAGAUGCCCGAAGACGUUCAGAUGCAAGAUGCCGGCGAAGUUGAGACCUUCGCCUUCCAGGCAGAGAUUGCUCAGCUUAUGUCUCUGAUCAUCAACACUUUCUAUUCGAACAAGGAAAUUUUUCUUCGAGAAUUGAUUUCUAACUCGUCCGAUGCAUUGGACAAAAUCCGGUACGAGUCCUUAACUGACCCAUCCAAGCUGGAGAGUGGACAAGAAUUGUACAUCAAGAUCGUGCCAAAUAAGAAUGACCGGACCCUCACUAUUAUUGACACGGGUAUUGGUAUGACAAAGGCUGAUCUUGUGAACAACCUGGGAACAAUUGCAAAAUCUGGUACAAAAGCGUUUAUGGAAGCACUGCAGGCGGGUGCUGACAUUUCCAUGAUCGGACAGUUUGGUGUAGGUUUCUACUCUGCAUACCUUGUAGCAGAUAAGGUAACUGUAACAUCCAAACACAAUGAUGAUGAACAGUACCUGUGGGAGUCCUCAGCAGGUGGCAGCUUCACGAUUCGUCCUGAUCCAGGAGAGCCUCUAGGUCGUGGCACAAAGAUUGUUCUGCACAUCAAGGAGGACCAGACAGAAUUCUUAGAAGAGAGGAAGAUAAAAGAAGUUGUUAAGAAGCAUUCGCAGUUCAUUGGUUAUCCCAUCAAGUUGUUGGUAGAAAAGGAACGUGACAAGGAACUGAGUGAUGAUGAAGCAGAAGAAGAAAAGGAAAAAAAGGAGGGGGGAGAAGAGGGAGAAACAGAUGAGUCAAAGCCAAAGAUUGAGGAUGUGGGGGAAGAUGAAGAGGAGGAAGACAAGGACAAGAAAAAGAAGAAACGGACUGUAAAAGAAAAAUACACAGAAGAUGAAGAACUGAAUAAGACAAAACCCAUUUGGACCCGCAACCCUGAUGACAUUAGCCAGGAGGAAUAUGGGGAGUUCUACAAAUCCCUAACCAAUGAUUGGGAAGAUCACCUUGCUGUGAAACACUUUUCUGUUGAAGGUCAGCUGGAAUUCAGAGCCCUUCUUUUUGUGCCACGUCGAGCACCAUUUGAUCUGUUUGAGAACAAGAAACGAAAAAACAAUAUCAAGUUGUAUGUUCGUAGGGUGUUCAUCAUGGAUAACUGUGAGGAUUUGAUCCCAGAAUACCUUAAUUUCAUCAAGGGUGUUGUGGACAGUGAGGACUUGCCUCUGAACAUUUCUCGAGAGAUGCUCCAGCAGAACAAGAUCCUUAAGGUUAUUCGUAAGAACCUGGUAAAAAAAUGCUUGGAACUCUUUGAAGAAUUGGCGGAGGACUCUGAGAACUACAAGAAGUUUUAUGAACAGUUCAGCAAGAAUCUGAAACUAGGAAUUCAUGAAGACAGCUCAAACCGCAAGAAGAUUUCUGAAUUGCUGCGAUACUCCACCUCUGCAUCUGGAGAUGAGGCCUGUUCCCUGAAGGACUAUGUUGCUCGUAUGAAAGGGAACCAGAAACACAUCUACUACAUCACUGGAGAGAGCAAAGAGCAGGUAGCAAAUUCUUCAUUUGUUGAGCGAGUGAAGAAGCGUGGUUUUGAAGUAGUGUAUAUGGUUGAACCCAUUGAUGAAUAUGUGGUACAGCAGAUGAAGGAAUAUGAUGGCAAGCAGCUGGUAUCUGUUACAAAGGAAGGACUGGAAUUGCCUGAAGACGAAGUGGAGAAGAAGAAGCGUGAGGAGGACAAGGCUAGGUUUGAAUCGCUUUGCAAGGUCAUGAAGGAUAUCCUUGAUAAGAAAGUGGAGAAGGUUGUGGUUAGUAAUAGGUUAGUAGAAUCACCAUGCUGCAUUGUCACUUCACAGUAUGGCUGGACAGCUAAUAUGGAGCGCAUAAUGAAGGCUCAGGCUCUCCGAGACACUUCUACCAUGGGAUACAUGGCAGCAAAGAAGCACUUGGAAAUCAACCCCGAUCACCCAGUCAUGGAAACUCUUAGACAGAAAGCUGAGGCUGACAAGCAUGACAAAGCUGUGAAGGACCUAGUUAUGCUUCUUUUUGAGACUGCUCUGCUUUCAUCUGGCUUUGCAUUAGAAGAGCCUCAGGUCCAUGCAGCUCGUAUCUAUCGUAUGAUUAAAUUGGGUUUGGGUAUUGAUGAGGAAGACCCACAGAUCUCUGAAGAAACUGCUGCAGAUGCAGAAAUGCCACCAUUGGAAGGGGAUGGUGGAGAGGAUGCAUCACGGAUGGAAGAGGUGGAUUAAACAAUUGUAAAUUUAGUUAGUGUUGUCGGGGAGUUUUUUAAGGACUGAUUUAAUGCUGUUCUCAUGUAUGUGUGUUUCAUUUGUUUUCAGCUUAUGUUCUCGAUUAAAUGUUGAAUUCUGAAUGUAUAUUACCAUUUCAGGAUAUGUGUCUUCUUGUUAUUUAAACUUGGUCAUUCCACAGUUCUGUCUCAUGUUCUGUGUACAUCUGUGUUUGAAAAGCUGAGCGAGUUAAUUUCCGAAUUAAAAAAGUUCUUUUGUAUA